CCACUGAACCUGUAGUAUAGAAUAAGCAUGGUAAGACGACUGAAUUCGAUCACAAGUCAAGUCAAUCUCACUGAGACUGAGUAGUAAUAAGCAUGGUGAAGCUGAUUUCUCAAUUGAAUUAGAUGGCCGGCUACACAAUACAAGGGAAAACUGCAUCAAUAACAAACAUUUCAAUGUCUCAAAAUAAGCUUCUCCUUGCUGCCUUCUUUGCCUUUCUUGCAAUCCACUUCCAUGUAUCCUCUGGCUCCUACUAUGACAAUGAGUAUGAAUACCAUGAUGCUAAUCGCAUACCUUACAACUGUACACAAUCUUCCUCAUGUGGCGAUAUCCCCAACAUCACAUACCCAUUUCGACUGAAAGGAGACCCACCAAACUGUGGUGAUCCCAACUACCAACUCUCUUGCCAGAACAAUCAAACCAUACUGAUCAGCCCCGAUUCUGAAAGAUACUUGGUGAAGGCAAUCGACUACGGCAACCGCACAAUCCGGAUUGCCGAUGUUAGCGUCCGUGAUGGUGAUUGCUCCUCCAGGCCUAUCACUUCUUUUACAUCCUUUAGUGCAACAUCAUAUGCGCGACGUGGUGAAUGCCACUACGCGACAUACUGGUUUCCCCCAAACUACGAUCUAGUUUAUGUAAGCUGUGAAAGUCCAGUGAAUUAUAGCACUUAUGUGGAUGCUUCUCCCUGUAUAAUCCAAACCAACUCAACCAAGAACACAAGAUCAUAUCAUUAUGUUCUGGUUGGUGAUUUUAAGAAUACAGAGUUGAAAGCCUCGUGUGCCGUUGAUUUCCUCACACGAGCAACUUUAUAUCGCAACAACAACUUAUCUUAUAUGGACAUCCAUAAGAAACUUGUUUAUGGUAUGGUGCUUUCUUGGUUUCCAAUUUCAUGUGCUGCUUGUAAAGGAGACGGUAAUUGUGAUCUACAGGACAACACCAUUAUCCAAUACUGCGGGACCGAAUUAGGCUGCACAAGAUUCACCCCCUUUAAGUGUGACUUACUAUGCAGGUUUAAUGAUUUUUUCAACUUUUGGGUUCCGGGAGCCAUACACUCCGUCCGCCCGACAAUAGAGCACAAGGUGCUCGCACCGGUUCUUGUAACGAGGACGGUAAUUGGGUUCCUAUGUCUUUUUGCACUUGUGGUUUAUAAGUGGCGCAGAAGGCAUUUAUCAAUGGAUGACACUCUUGAAGAAUUCCUGCAAAGUCAAAAUAAUUUUAUGCCAAUAAGGUACUCUUACUCACAAAUUAGAAAGAUGACCGGACGUUUUCAGGACAAAUUGGGGGAAGGAGGCUAUGGCUCUGUCUUCAAAGGAAAACUUAGAAGUGGAAGAUUGGUAGCAAUUAAGGUGUUGGGCAAAGCAAAAACUAAUGGACAAGACUUUAUUAAUGAAGUUGCAACCAUUGGGAGAAUUCACCAUGUCAAUGUGGUGAGUCUUGUUGGCUUCUGCUCUGACGGAACAAAACGUGCUCUUGUAUAUGAUUUCAUGCCCAAAGGCUCUCUUGACAAGUACAUGUUGUCUCGAGAGGGGCAUAUAUCCUUAAGUUGGAAGAAAAUGUACGAAAUUUCUCUCGGGAUUGCACGAGGGAUUGAAUAUCUGCAUCGAGGUUGUGACAUGCAGAUCCUACACUUUGAUAUUAAACCUCACAACAUCCUUCUUGAUGAAAAUUUUGUUCCAAAGUUAUCAGAUUUUGGCCUUGCUAAAAUGUGCUCAACGGAUGAUAGCAUCGUGUCUGUCACUGCGGCAAGAGGAACAAUCGGAUAUAUUGCCCCAGAGCUCAUCUACAAAAGAAUAGGAGGUGUUUCUUACAAAGCUGAUGUAUAUAGUUUUGGGAUGCUAUUAAUGGAAAUGUUAGGGAAAAGAAAGAAGCUCGAUGCAACAACGGAUAAUAAUUCAAGUCAGAUGUACUUUCCCUUGUGGGUUUACCAUGAAAUGGUGCAAGGAAAGAUUACAAAAGUUGAGGAUGCCACAGAAGAGGAGGAGAAUAUGAUUAAGAAGAUGACAUUAGUAGGAUUGUGGUGUAUACAGAUAAGGCCUUGCGAUCGUCCCCCAAUGAGAAAGGCAAUCCAAAUGCUUGAAGGACAUGCAACGAAUUUAGGAUUGCCUCCGAAGCCUACUUUUAAUAUAGAACAAGUACCAACAGAGAAUGUUGAAGAAGCUACAAACCCGACAUGGUCAUCCUUGACAUCAGUCAACACUUCAGAAUCUGUCAGAUUGGUUAUAGAUGCAGAAUGAGUAAAUAUAAUACUAAGUAUCUGUAAGAUUGAGCCAAGAAAAGACAUUGAAACUCCACUAAUAAUUUAUGUAUUUUGUUUAUCAGUGUGACUGUAGAAACAUUUUCAGUAUAUACUAAUGGUUUCUUUGAGUUCUAUAUUCCUUUUUUUUUUUUCUC